AUGGGCAGCCGGCCCCGCAGCCCCAGUGCCUACCCUGCGGACUGGUGGGGACCGGAGACCGAAGGACCUGGCCCCGCCAAGCGCCGCCGAACGGAGGAGCCCGCGGGCCCCGAGUCCAAGUCCGAGGCGGCGCCCAGCCUGGACAACCUGACGGGACCUCCGGCCGCGGACGCGCUCACUUCCGUAAUGGUCCUGCCCGCCGGCUGUGCCCUGCACCUGCCCCUAGAUGACGUCGACGUGCUGCUGGAGCCCGAGCCCACGUCCGUGCUGCAAGUGUCUCUCGGAGAUCACAUCCUCAUGCUGGUCCCCGAGGCCCUCCUGGGCUCGGGCGUGGAGGGCCCGUGGGUACAGGGCCUGGAACGGACCGCUUUCCUGAGCGCUCCCGGGGAGUACAUGGCCCUGGAGCCGGGAGUCUUCUGCGCAGCUGUCCCAGAGAUGGCCUGCCAAGAAGAGGGCAACAAGGAGGACGCGGACGCCGAGUUCCUGCCGUCUGGGAUGGAUGCUGAAGCCGGCUCUGUCGCUGGGCUCCGCAGCCCCACCGCAAGGGUGUCGGGCCCCGGCGCGCAGGGCUUUGUCGCAGAGCCCUGGCCUCGGGCGCCCAACCCCAGUCCAGAGAGAGGCUCUCCUCACCACGACGACAACCUGGACUUGCACCUUCCGGAGCCCUUCCCCGACUCACCACUCCAACCUCUACCUCCCUCUCCGAGUCCGGGUCCUCACGAGCGCCCCCAACGCCCUCAUGGUCCUGCGCGCAAGGCCCGGAGAUGUCUGUUCCCGGAAUGA